UUUUCUCCCCUUCCCACCCCAUCCCUCACUGCGAGUGGCCUGGUGCGCGAGCCGCGCGAGAGGAAAAGAGGCAGAGCGAGCCUUCCGCCUCCUCCCCCCCUUCGCGAGAGAGAAAGGAGUGGGGGAGGAAAAAAAAUCUUAGGGCUUUCUCGUCGAUCCUCUCCGCGAUUACCCCACCGAUUCGUCCAAUCCAAUGCAGCGCGGCCCCGCGGUAUCAAAUCCCCCGGCGGCGGCCGCCACCGGCGCCUCCGAGAACGGUGGAUGUGAUUUGUCUCGUGCGGAUGGGAAAUGGUCGUAGGAUCCUUUAUAGGUUAUUAUUGAACUGCCCCCCACAGUUAAUUGGCUUGCUUGGUCUGGCGUAAUGUUAGUCAGGGUAUUAAUCCUCAUAUGGAGACUAGAGUCCCCAUCAAGCCAUCUAGUCCGUGAGCAGAAAUAUUGGACACUCUGGCCCAUCUUGCAGUGCACCUGCAUAUCAGUUGUUUCGCCCUGUUACUCGUUCUAUGACCCGUGGGUCUGAUCCUAUCGUGGCUUCACCUGGUUUCAAGGCAGGAGGAUCUGAUAGCGCAAGCACACAAAGAAGUAUUUCAUAUGCUUCUUUUAGCGCUCAAUUAGUUGCCUCACGACUGACUGCCACUCGUACCCGGACCCCUCUAAAAGUGACUUCAUCUGGUUGGAAGCCUCUUACUCAACCUGUUGCUCUGAACGAAGAGAGGAAAUGUGCAAACCUUACAAUCAACCCUACUGCUAAGCGUUCCAGAGUUACUUCCUCCAGAGCUGUCAAAGAUUCAAUCAACAAUUCAGCUUCAAAAGCCAACUCAAGUGUUCCCAGUGACAAAAAGUACAGAAAUGAAGAUAAUGUGAGCCUGGGCGAUCAGUCAGAUGGGGCCGUCAUGCCAUCUCCCACAAAGAAGCUGCAAAUAUGCAAAGGCCCUUCAGAUGCACCUUCAAUUAGGAAAUCAACUAUCAGAAUCCUGGGUGUUAAGGGAGCUGCUCUACCACCCACAGGGAAAUCUCAAGUUGAAACUCGGAAAUGCUUUGCUAAUGCUACAGCAGAAGUGAUUUCUGCUAGUACAAACGAGAUCAGUGAGCCAGAUAAUGCAGCUGCCCCAUUGCUUGCACAGCAGUUGCCACCAGACACUGCAAAGAACUCCACUGUCAUCAUGCAUACCCAUGAAACAAGUAAAGUCAAUCAGUUGGCUGCUACAUGGCCAAGGGCGAACUUUCAAACUGAUUACAACAAGAAGCCUUCCAAUGUACCCAUAAUGGCUAACCAGCCCAGUGGGUUCGCUGGUGCGACUGCUCCCUUGGUGACACCAAAGAUGGAAAUCGGAAACAUGAAGGACAGUUCCAAUCCUCUCUCAAAUCCUGCUUACGCAAGGGCGCUUGUAAUAAAGCAGCAAGAGCAGCUCCUUCAGCAAUAUAAAUUGGGCAGUUCACCGCAGCGACAGCAUCAUGGACAGCAUCUCUACAUCAAAGGGCCAGCUCUGUUUGAGAAUGAUGACCCGCCACCGGUCAAGCCGCUGGGAACAAGGUGCCAGCUCUGCAAGCUUGAUGUUGCUUUCCGGACACAAGGGGAUGCUGGCCGUGAUGCCAAUGCUCCACCAGUCAUUGCAGUUUUGGCAUGCCACCAUGUGUUCCACAGCAGGUGCAUUGAAUCUGUUUACGGGCUCGCUGAGCCUGCUGAGUGCCUUGCCUGCCUGGAGUCCGGUGCAGCGCACUGAUUGCUAACCAGAUACACCAGGUAUAGGAUAAAGUUUCCUCUUAUAUUGCGUAUAGAGAGGGUGCAGUAUCAUCUCCAUUGAUACAAGUUUCCGAUGGUAUAACGGUGCAGGUCAAGAGUCUGAAGUGCUCCAUUUCUGUGGGCCUUUAGAUGGUGUAAGUAGGCUACCAUUGGAGUUCAAUAGGGAGCUGAAUUAUGGGACAUGUCACAUGUCUGAUAUAUAUGUUUAUUUAUUUCUCCUGUCGUGGUCAUAGGUAAAAUCUGCAGUCUAUUGACGCUGCCAUUUUGAAUAAACCUGGUGUCUGCGCUGGUUGGCUUGGUGUUGA